AUGUCUCGUCAUUUGCGUGCGAUAGAUGCCUGGAAUGCCAGCGCGCCACGGGAAAGGUCCGGGUUCUCCCGAAUCUUCUUUCUCGAGACCGGAGGUCACGGACUGAUCACUGCGCGAAUUGCCUGCGCGGUCGAGUCGGCGGCGAGGCUGCACCCCAACUGGACUGUGUACCUCUUGUCCGUGGCCUAUGGCGAAGAGGCCUCGAAGGGCAACGCCACGUUCGCGGGUCCUUUCGCUCAGAUGCUGCGAACCAUUCCGAACGUCGUCAUGAGCGCUAUGAGGCGGCUAAAGAAAAACGCCAAUAUUAGAGUUUUACCGUACUUCUUACCCCUGCACUGCCGUGAGCAGCCAAACGAGGUGUUCCAGGGGACGCCCCUUGAGUCGUGGUACGAGUCUGGGAUCCUGAGCAAGAGCGCCUACCCCGUCGAACACCUGGCCGAUGCUCUCAGGCUGGCGGUGUUGUACAAGCAAGGUGGCGUGUACCUCGACAUCGACGUCAUCGUGAUGCGGUCCCUGCACUCGCUGCCACCUUGCGUCUUCCAGGCGCCCGUGAACAACGGCGACAUGGUGGCAAACUCUUUCCUGGCCUUCCACCGAGGCGACCCGUUUCUGCAAUACCUGAUGCAACUCGCACGCCAGGUGUACCAGCCGCGCGCGUGGAGCUCCAUCGGGCCCUUGCUGCUGCGCCAGGCGACGCUGGCUCGAUGCGGGGCCCAACGAGUGACGGCGCUGUUGGGGCGGCAAUGCGGUGGCAACGCGGGCUUCACCGUGAUGCCCCACUGGAUGUUCCUAGCAGUACCCGCCGACCACUGGCAAGUGUUCUUCACCGCCAAAGCUAGCCGCCAGGCGUGGCUCAUGUCUGACAGGAGCUACGUCAUGCACGUCUACAAUAAGUUCAGCGCGAAAGUGCAUGCGGUGCCGGGGUGUGCCUACAGACAGGCGGCAGAGGUAUUCUGCCACGGCAGUCUGCAACUUUCCUUGGACAUUAACGGCAUCUUCUGAUUUCCAUCGAAAUAUUGUGAACUGUUCAGUUGGCUGCGUAUACGCCAGUUUAGCCAAUGGGCUGUCAAGAACCACCACUGAUUUCAUCCCUGGUGCGAAAUUUGAUACUUUAGCCACCCUUGCUUAGUAACACGGAAUCUCCUUUCCAUCUUUCUUUCUUUUUUUUUUCUUUUUGAAUCACGAUCAUACAAGGCCUACAGACAAUGAAGCCAAGAAAAGCACGGGCAAAUUUAGCUGUGGUUUGAAUCAAAAUGUUUAAACUAAAACAUUUCAAUUUUAACCGCAGCUAAUUUCCUCAUGUUUUCUUUGGCUCUAUUGUCUGUGAGCGUUAUAUGGUCCUGUACAUGUUUAGCUUUUAUCACUGGGUGUGAUACAAACGCGUUGGAAGCGCUUAGUGGAAAGUUGCGGAAAGAUUUCUUGCUUAGGAGGCACGCCAGAAUGUGCCUCGACGAACUAAGAACGGCGAGCGUUCAUGUUUACGACUUCUGAGGACCUCAAGACCGCCGCCGACACCACCAUUGCCGUAACUGUCGCUAACCGUGGUCUGAUCGAGUGGUCGAUAAUUCAUCGUGAACUUUGUUUUGGUCCUGCGGCUGGUGGUUCUUCCUCCGUUGAGCAUACUAUUGCUGCGUUCACUAUUCAAGCUGUCACGGUUUGGAAACUGUGCAGCUGCUAAAAAGUGACCGUCUCCCUUUUCCAAUGUAGCUGACUUCAGAGACUAAUUAGGUUCUUAGCCACGCAUCGCCCAUACAAGUUUAGGCAGGUUUCCCGUCAAGGUACUAUUGUUGUUGCUUUCUUGUUCCUGCCUGAAUAUAUUGUUUUUCCUUGUGAAGAGGAAGACAUGGAAACAUAAAGGAACCUGAAAAGAAGCUGUAGCUGUGUAUCCGGUUGUAUUUUGUUGUGUACGUGUAGUAUACUGCUGCAAUCCUAUCACAUAGCAGAAUUCACGGCGAUUCCCGAGUAUCUAUUAUUAAAUAACUUACAUAUAGCCCUGACCAAGUCUACAUUGUAAUGGAUCGUGCUUUUUCUUGUGGGUACAGUGUUAUCAAGCUGCGGCGCAUAAUUGACAAGGAAGCAAGGACAGAAUGUAUCUGUUAGCUCCUUUUUUUGUGUUUAUAUGUUGUUACUGAAUGUUACAGUGAGAUUCUUUUUGUACAAAGCAAUGAAGCAUGCCUAAAUAAACUUCCAAAUUUUGAUCACGCCAAUGAUUGAUUCAUGUUGUGUGCCUUCCUCUAUGCUCAAUUACUUACGCUUACACACGAACACCCCCCAGGGAAAAUGAG